AUGGAAUGGAAGACCCAAGCACCCAAAAAAGUGAAGACCCCAGCACCCAAGAAAGUGAAGACCCCACGACCCAAGAAAGUGAAGACCCCAGGACCCAAGAAAGUGAAGACCCCAGGACCCAAGAGAGUGAAGACCCCAGGACCCAAGAAAGUGAAGACCCCAGGACCCAAGAAAGUGAAGACCCCACGACCCAAGAAAGUGAAGACCCCAGGACCCAAGAAAGUGAAGACCCCAGGACCCAAGAGAGUGAAGACCCCAGGACCCAAGAAAGUGAAGACCCCAGGACCCAAGAAAGUGAAGACCCCAGGACCCAAGAGAGUGAAGACCCCAGGACCCAAGAAAGUGAAGACCCCAGGACCCAAGAAAACGAAGAAGAAACCUGCAUCCAAAAAAGCUAAGACCUCUGCACCCAAGAAAGCGAAGAAUUCUCACGGCGUGAACAAACCGUGGAUGUAUCAGAGACCAGACGUGCCCACAGCAAUAAACGCCCGUUUCAAAGAACGACCUGUGUCUGUGUUGUUGCGAAGAGAGCUAGAUGGUGAUUUCUUUCAUUUCUGGUGCUAUGGCAUUUCUGCGCUGUCAGAGAUGAAAAUGGCAGAAGCCAGUUUUUCAUGGGUUGAGGAGGAUCAGGUCAUCUGUCCAAUCUGUCUGGAUCUACUGAAGGAACCAGUGACCAUUCCUUGUGGACACAGUUACUGUAUGAGCUGUAUUACAGACUAUUGGAAUAAAGAAGAUCAGAAGAGAUUCCACAGCUGCCCUCAGUGUAGACAGACCUUCACUCCAAGACGUUUAGGUAAAAACACCAAGCUGGCUAAAGUGCUGGAGAAACUCAAGACGACAAAACUACAAGCUACUCGUACUGUUUGGUGUGAGUGUGACGUCUGUACUUUGGAUAAAAACAAAGCCAUCAAGUCUUGUCUGGAGUGUCGGAUAUCUUUUUGCCAAAAUCACCUCAAAGAACAUGACAGUUUCUUUCAAGAUGAGAGACACUUUAUGACAGAUGUCACAGGACGACUGCAGGAGAUGAUCUGUUCUCAACAUAAUAAACUGCUGGAAUAUUUCUGUUGGACUGACCAGCAGUAUAUCUGUUACCUGUGUAUAAUAGGCAAGCACAAAAACCAUGACAUUAGAUCAGCUGAAGCAGAGAGGAGUGUGCAACUGAGACAAUUCCAUGGCAGAAUCCAGGAGAAAAGGAUGGGGGUGCUGCGUUUAAGAGGAGCUUGUUCUUCUGACCUGAGUUUCCAGCCUCUCUUUUACCCUUUUGGACCGGACUCACCAAGCAUCACUGUCAGUUAUCCCCUCUCUUUUGAUGCACAAAAAUCUGCCUCUCAGCUGAAAGAGAAACAAGAUAGAUGGCAAAAAGAGAAGAUUUAUGGAAAGGAUUGGAGCAGCAUGAAUCUUCAAAACAGGACAACAGUCAUUGACAGAUACAAGUUUGUGACAGAAUAUAACCCUCUAUCUGAUGAACGUGUGGAACUGGCCACCCGUUACACUGAACCAGUGAUCAUUCAGAGGAGCAAAGAGCAGAAUGAGAAAUACUAUUGUGAACGUGGGAGGUCUCCUCACGCUUCUGGAAUAAAAACAUCAUCUCAAAUGUUAUCAAAUGACAAGAAUCACAGCAUCAGAAUAGACCAGUUGUUCAGUCCCGACAGUGACGGAAACACACCGAAAACUGUGAUUCUCAGUGGUGAUUCUGGAAGAGGUAAAUCCUUCAUGUUACAGAAGAUCAUGUUGGACUGGGCAUCUGGAGAACUUUACUCUGAAAACUUUGAUGUGGUUUUUCUGUUGAAGAGUGACGAGCUGAAGUGUAUUUCUGAGGAGAUGAGCUUGAAUGAGCUCUUAAGCUGGAGUUGCAGUUUAACAUCAGAUCAUAUCUCACAGAUACUAGACUUAACACCAGAGAAAGUCCUCUUCCUCAUUGAUGGAAUGGAUGAGUAUGUAUCUUGUUCAUUCAUUCAUUUCAUACCACACACUUAUCCAUCUAAGAGAGCGCCACCUAUGGGUGUUCUUAGGAACCUGUUGAGGGGAGUCUUGCUGCCUGAAUCAUUCAUGCUGGUAACUAUGAGAUCUAUAGCUGACGAUGCAGUGAUGAAUCUCCUCAAAGGACCUCAGCGUUUCACUGAGAUUGUGGGCUUCUCUGAGAGAGGGGUGCAGGAGUACUUCCACAAGUUCUUUCAGGAUGAGCAACUCUUCAGGAAAACACAUGAGAGUUUGAAAGCAAAUGAAACCCUCUUGACUACUUGCUCUGUGCCUUUGCUGUGUUGGAUGGUCUGUUUUUGUCUAAAGAAAUACUCAACCGAUAGUGAGGUUAUAUUAAAAAAACUAAAGACAACCACCUCCAUAUAUGUGCACUUUGUAUCCACUGUACUGAAGCAACAUGGCCAGAGUCAGUCUGUCCUCACCAUGCUGAGGAGUCUGGGUCAGCUGGCAAAGAGAGGAAUACAAAAUCAGCAAGUCUUUUUUGAUGAAAAGAGUGUGGCCGAGACUGGCUUAGAUGCCGCCAAGUGUUUGUUCUUGAAUGAAGAUGAUCUUAAUGGAAAACAGAAACGGGAACCAGUGUUCAAGUUCAUGCACUUCAGCCUUCAAUGGUUCUUUGCUGCUCUUUAUUGCAUCUUGCUUGGUGAAGAAGAGUCUUGGUUGAAAGUCUGUGAUCUGUUGAACUUGAUGUGCUCAACUAUAGUUGAAUGGCUAUCUCUAGAAAGAAGAUCAAAUCCCAUCCCAUCAGUUCUGCUGUUCUUCUAUGGUCUCUUAAAUGAGGAGGUGAUCAGCUCACUCUUUAAAAAAAACAAAUUAACUGUUUCUCACAUCAUAAAACUGAGGAAAAGAAAACUGAAGAAAACACUGAAGCAAAGGAUUCUUACAAUGACAACAUGGCAUGGAUGUGAGCUAUAUGUUUUCCACUGUCUGUAUGAGCUCCAGGAUGAGGAGUUUGCCAGGAAAGUGUUGAAAACUCACAGCUUCAUGGACUUGUCUUGUAUUUCCCUGAGGAGCACAGACUGUUGGGUGCUGCUGUACUGUCUUCAGAUCUGUCCACACAUCAGAGAACUGAACCUCAUGUACUGUGAUUUAACAGCCGAUAAACUCAAGAUUCUUCAGCCAGCACUCUGUAUGUGUGAGACUCUGAGUUUGUCAGUGAAAACCCUUCCAGAAGCUGGAGAUUUGAUCCAGAUUCUUGGUGGAUCAAAAAUCUUGAAAAAGCUGAAAGUUCAAGAGGAUAAAUACAGCGCUGAGAGUUCAAGAUGGAUGCUUGAUCCGUCAGUCACUCCUGGAGAAAUCUUGCUGAACGUCUCUGAACCGUCUGCACUGGAUCUUCACCCGCUCCCAGUGUGUCAGUCUUGUGUUCACAUUGUCGACUGUGAUCAGUGGGUUCAGGUGGAGCCGUCAGUCUGUACAGAUGAAGGAGGGUCAAAGUUCAGCAUCAGCACUCAGGCGGGUCGAUUCGAGUGCAGCAGGACCAGAAUGCGAUGGGUCUGUGUUGGUGACGUCACUCUCCAGUAUCGUGCAGUGGAUGGACGUUUCCUCAGUGCAGAGCUGGAGAGGCUUCAGUGUGAGCGAAUUGGUCCAGUGAUCGAUGUGACUGUGAUCUCAGGGAAACUGGAGGAGGCCCAUCUGCCUCAUUACGCCUGUUUAGCAGAGUCUGACCCCUCUCUCAAAGAUGCUGUGAAGCUCCUCAGCAAAAGAGAUGAAGGAAUAUCUUUACAACCUGUAGAGUUGACCCGUCAUCAUGCCAAAAUACUCCAACCAUCUUUCUCUUUUACAACUCUAAUUAUAAACUGGUUCAUGCAGUGGGAAGAACACUGUAACCUUCUUCUCUACAUGCGCUGUAAAGUUCCUCUCAUUCUUCACGUUUACUUUUUUCCAGUGAAUGACACUUGUUCAAAAGAGAAAGUUGAGCAGAAUGAAAAAUCAAGUCAUCCGAUCAGCCAUCCCAGACCUAACAGGCCAUUUCAGAUGAAAACGCCACACCUUCUUGAGGUCCCUGGCUCUUCUGUUCAUCCUGUUGAGGGGAUUUCAUUUCGAACAGAUAUUGAUCCAAACUUCUUUGAGAUCAUGCAACAUCAGGAUGGUGAUGUACAGAUGAAUCUAGUCAGAGAAAAGGACAAGAAAUCUGUGUGGACUGCCACAAUAUGGAAAGCCAAACUUGCUCAGUUAAAUCAAAGGAAAAUGGCACAAGCCAGUAUUUCUGUGGCUGAGGAUCAGGUCAUCUGUCCAAUCUGUCUGGAUCUACUGAAGGAACCAGUGACCAUUCCCUGUGGACACAGUUACUGCAUGAGCUGUAUUACAGACUACUGGAAUAAAGAAGAUCAGAAGAGAAUCUACAGCUGCCCUCAGUGCAGACAGACCUUCACUCCAAGACCUGUUUUAGGGAAAAACACCAUGGCUAAAGUGCUGGAGAGACGUGAAAAGACAAAAGUUGAUCGUCCUGUCAGCAAAAGUAGUUCGUACGCUGCCUCUAAAUAUGUGGAGUGUAACGUCUGUACUGAGGACAAGUCCGAUCUCGUGUGUCUGAACCCUUACUGUCAAAAUUACCGAGAUGCAUUAUCUGAUCAACUGGCUGAGAAGUUUAGAAAAACGGGUUUUUGUUGCCAGUUGCAUCUUUUUAUUUAUUUGGGUUUUCUCCAUGCUUAUAAAGGAGAGGCACAUUCAGUAAAGAUACUGACCAGUGCACAGAACAGGACUGGAGACACAGCUGCAAGUAGAAUAUCUAGAGUCUUUUCAAAUGUUUUGAAAGACCCGAAAAAGCUGAACGUCUCUGCGCCUGAACCUUCUGAAAUGAAUCUUCACUGUCAGUCUUGUGUUCACAUUGUCGACUGUGAUCAGUGGGUUCAGGUGGAGCCGUCAGUCUGUACAGAUGAAGGAGGGUCAAAGUUCAGCAUCAGCACUCAGGCGGGUCGAUUCGAGUGCAGCAGGACCAGAAUGCGAUGGGUCUGUGUUGGUGACGUCACUCUCCAGUAUCGUGCAGUGGAUGGACGUUUCCUCAGUGCAGAGCUGGAGAGGCUUCAGUGUGAGCGAAUUGGUCCAGUGAUCGAUGUGACCGUGAUCUCAGGGAAACUGGAGGAGGCCCAUCUGCCUCAUUACGCCUGUUUAGCAGAGUCUGACCCCUCUCUCAAAGAUGCUGUGAAGCUCCUCAGUGUUGAAAAUGAGGGAAUAACCUUGGAAUCUGUGGAGUUGACUCGUUUUCAUGCCAGAAUACUUCAACCAUAUUUUUCUCCUAAAACAGUACUUAUGAAACUAGGGAUAUCAGUGAAAAUGCACUGUGAUCUACUUAUCUUCAUUACAAAAAAGAACCCCAUCAUUCUCCAUGUGUAUUUUUUCCCAUCAUAUUCUGUUGUCGCAAAAAAAAUUAAAACAGAGGAAAAGCCAAAUCAUCAAAUCAAGUGUUCAAGACCUGAAACCCCACUGCAGAUGAUGAAAAAACACAGUCUUGAGGUUCCUGGUGCUUCUGUCCAACCGAAAGAGAUCAAGCUAAGAGGUGACAUCGAGCCAAACUUCUUUCAGGUCAAACAAACUGUGGAAGAUGACAUCAAAAUGACUCUCAGCCGUGUGGAUGAUCAGAAACCAGUAUGGACUGCAACAAUUUGGAAAGAAUUAACCAACAUCAAUCCAAACAAAGCUGAGUCUAUUUGCUUUCAAAAUAUACAACAACACAAUACACCACAAGUGGCUCUCAACUUUGAUAAAGCUCAAUUUUUUGAUAGAAAUUGGAGUGGUCUUAUCAAAAGCGUUAAGAAUGUGAACACCAUUGCAGACAACCUUCUUCAGAGGCAAAUCAUUCAUGAGGCAAUAUAUUCUGAAAUCACACUCCCGACUUCAACCGAAGAAAGAAGCAUGAGAAAGAUCUGCAGCAUUGUGCGUAAAGGCAGUGUUGCUGUGAAGGAAAGUUUCAUCUCAGUUCUUCUGGAAGAAAAUCCCAACCUUUUAAAUCAUCUGCCUUUAUCGGACUCUUAAACUUUUUCUAGAUGACUGUACAUGUAGUAUUUUACAUGAUUUGUGAAAUGACAUGAAAACUACAGGUGAUGAACUGGAGAAAUUACUGCUCUACAGAGUAUUUGACUAUUUUAGUCAAAACACGUUCAUUGUUGGAAUUAAAGAAAAGGCAAAUGGUCUGCUUGCCUGUAAAAAUGAGAUAAAAAUCAAAUUACUAAAACUGCAAUAUAUUUUCUUGUCUGAUAAGAACAUUGAAUAAGGUGAAUGAAUGCAAAUAUUUCUGUACAGGUUUUAUUUCUAUAUAGUUGUGUAGUAAAUUAAUCUUACUGAAUCAUA